AAGAGUAACAGUAAUAGCUUAUUAGAGGUGAAGGUGGCUGGGAAAGAGGAAGAGGAGGAGUAUGGAGUAUGGAUCGAGGUUCCUUCCCAUCUCUGCCUUGAACCUAAAUGUUUCAGAGUCCAACCCGAUAUUUGUGGUUCUUUCCUGGCUACUGGCUACUGAGCCUUGGGAUUUUGCAAGUUUGAAUAAUUAUAUGUGCAGUCUUAACAUCCACAUCGUGACAUUAUUCUCUCUUACUUUUACAGACUUGAACAAACAGCACACCAUUAUUUCAUCCUUUAAUCUUUAUUUGUGCUCAGCGUGACGGUCUGUAUAGCGGUAAAUAACAGAGAAAAGCAUGAAAGAUGUGGCCAAAUGAAAGUUUGUGCGAGUGUGCCCUUCCGCUUUCCUUUGAGUGUGUGUUGUGUGGGUGGAAGAGAAGCGAGCGUGUGUGUUUGGCCGCCACUCACCCGCCUACUCUGUACUGUCUCGCCGCCAACUUAGGCCUACACAGCACCACCGUCGCCCCGCCGCCCACCCACCACUCCAGCCACCUCCCCCCAGGCUCCCUGCAGGACGGGCCAUGGCACCACCAUGAGUGUCCCACAGCAGCAGCAGCAGCAGUUUGCUUCAGGUGGGAGUCACCUGGAGGCAGGCAGCGCCGGUCAUAGAGGAGAGGCCAGGCUUGAGUGUCAGCUGUGUGGUAAAACUUACAAAGAUAGAAGUGGGCUGUGGCACCACAGCCUGACACACAGCGGUGUUAAGAAAUAUGAGUGUCUGGUGUGAGGUAAAACUUACAAAGAUAGAAGUGGGCUGAGGUACCACAGCCUGACACACAGCGGUGUUAAGAAAUAUGAGUGUCUGGAAUGUGGCAAGAAAUCUACUGCAAAGUGUGACCUCACCACAUAUUCUUACACACAGUAGUGUUAAGAAUUAUGAGUGUCAUGAGUGUGGCAAGAAAUUUACCAGAAAGUGUGGCCUCAACAGACAUAGCCUGAUACACAGUAGUGUUAAGAAUUAUGAGUGUCAGCAGUGUGGCAAGAAAUUUAUCACAAAGUCUGACCUCAACAGACACAGCCUGGCACAUAGCAGUGUUAAAAGUCAUGAGUGUCAGGAGUGUGGCAAGAAAUUCACCAGAAAGUCUAAUCUCACCGCACAUAGCCUGACACACAGUGGCAUUAGGAAUCACGAGUGUCUGGAGUGUGGAAAGAAAUUCUUAACCAGUAGUACUCUCAAUAGACACACCUUCAGACACACUGGCUUGAGGGAGUUCAAGUGUGAUGUUUGUGGCAAGUGUUUCAAGACAAAGACAGAGAUUGCCCAGCACAUGAAGAUCCACUUCUGAGGUG